AUCAUGUUCAAUUUGAUCCGCUGUGCUGCCUAGAGAUAAAAGGGUUGAAAAAAAUAGAUUUAGAUUAUGUCAGUCUUUGUGGUGAUGUCAUUGCCAUGAGAGAUGGAAUAGCGCUGUUACUAUGCUGUGCCUGCUCAGUUGGUGGGUGUACGGGGGAAAAGCAAGGAGCAACUCAGUUAAGUGCAAAGAGCUUGUGUCGGAAGCUUGCAGUUCUUGUCAGCAUUGAAACAGGAUCUUGGACUGUUCAACUGCAAUACUGACGUGAAGAUUUGUUUUUUUCCUUCUAAUCAUUUGUAACUCCGAGGUUGCCUGACUCUCUGUACAACAGAGGGGGAUGCCAGCCCGUAGCAUGGACUGUGAUAUCUCCACUCUGGUUGCCUGUGGGGUUGAUGUGGAGGUUUUUGCCAACCAAGAGGUUAAGGAGAAAUUUGAAGGCUUGUUCCGUGCCUACGAUGACUGCGUGACAUUCCAGCUCUUCAAAAGCUUCAGGCGUGUGCGGAUAAACUUUAGUAAUCCCAAAUCAGCGGCUCGUGCCAGAAUAGAGCUGCAUGAAACACAGUUCAGAGGGAAGAAGUUAAAGUUGUAUUUUGCACAGAUUCAGACCUCUGAGACAGAUGGAGACAAGCUUCAUUUGGCACCACCGCAGCCUGCAAAACAGUUUCUCAUCUCGCCUCCAGCCUCCCCACCUGUAGGGUGGCAACCAAUAGAUGAUGCAACACCUGUCAUCAACUACGACCUCCUUUAUGCAGUUUCUAAGCUAGGACCAGGAGAGAAGUAUGAGCUGCAUGCAGGAACAGAGUCCACUCCCAGUGUGGUAGUGCAUGUCUGCGACAGUGACAUGGAAGAAGAUGAGGACCCAAAGAAUUCUCCAAAGCCAAAAAUCAUUCAAACUCGACGCCCUGGUCUGCCACCUCCUGUAUCUAACUGAGCCUCUCCAGCAGAAGCAGCACUUCUCUCCUCCAGCACAGCUCUUGGUUUUUGUUUGCUUUGUUUUGUUGAAAGGCAGCCAUCGCCUUUUGAGUUCCAGGACACUACUCGUUGAAACCCCUUCACAGUAAUCAAGCCUAUGUAAUCAAAGGGCUAGGAAAAAGAUCUUUGUAUAUGUAACCAUAUCACACACCAACGGACAGGUUUUUCUGGAAAGGACAAAACAAGGCUGAAGAGACAAGGGAGGGUUUUGGUCUGAGGAUUUUUUCACAGCUCUAAUUUGCAUGCUGAAACACCACUACCAGAGAGAUUGUUCAGGUUGGCAAUUAGGCUGAUACCGGGCUUGAUACUCAAACUCCCAGAAUACUUGCUACUGCCCUUCAUUGAGCAGCCAGCUUCUCUGACCCUCCCAGCUCCCCUGCAGACCUUAGUCUUUUCUUUUUCCUUGUAAUUCUUUUGUUAAGGGGGGGGAUGUGUGUUGUUUUUAAUCUAUUAGCAGCUCGGUGGCCUUCUCACCCCCCUGGAGUUUUCUGUAAGGAAUACUACCUUUGCAGCAUUUUUGGGAGCAGCAGAGAAACACCCUCUCCCACCAGUAGAGCUCACUGGUCCUUAAUGGUGGCAGGGAUGUGAAAUAGAGCUCUCUGGGCUGAGGGGAGAGACAGCAGCUUGCUGGAGGGUCCAGUGUCCUUCUCUUAAAGAGGAGUGAGCCAAAAUAUCAACAGGAAUUGUUGUUCUGUCUUCCAUAAAGAUAUGAGUGGUACUUCUCCCUGAGAUUGAGGAAGAAAGAGAAGUUAACUGAUGGCUCUCUGUCAUAGCUGUAAGUUCUAGUAAUGAUACAGGCGUAAUGCUUUCCUAGUGGUGUGUUGAGUAGCCCUGAAACUGUUAAUAAUUACUUCCACAUCUCUGAUACUCAGAUCUCUUACUUCCCCACUUGUGUGCUUUAAAGCCCUUUUUGAGCUGUAUGCAGUUUGGGUUUGUGGAGGUGAGGAGAAGUUUGUUGGUGUUUGUUGAUUUCGGGUGUUUGUUUUUUUUUUUUUGGCCAAAGAAAACAGGACCAUAAUUACACACUUGAAAUUAGACUGCAUGCAACUGAAUCCCUUUUUUUCACUCCCUCCUGCAUGUUUCUUUCACUUGCAGUGUAUACUGGGUUACAAGAACUGUCCUGUGUUUUCAUCAUGGCUGGCAGAUACUGGAUUCCCUGUCUGACAGACCUUCCAUGAUGACUACUUUUAUUAUGCGCACUUGUCAUUUUGAGAACAUAUUUUCUAGACAUUUGAGCUCAGAUUUUGCAUAUAUUUAAGCAUGCGCUUAAUUUAUGCACAUGAGUAGUUCCACUGAAAUUAAUACUGCAGAAAAUUGAGCAUAUGUGUAAGAUACAGUGGGAUUUUAAAGCUAAUUUAACUGCAGCUGUACUCCCAAAAGUGACUAUAAUGGCACAGUGAGGUUCCACUGUUUAAAUGCAUCCUGGAAGCUCGCUCUAGGAUCUGAAAAGUCAGCUCACAUUCUGUAAUCAAGAUUUUUGUCCUAAAAACUAAUGAUCUGGUCUCUGAGGAAGGGUUCCAUUCCACCUUUAAUUAGCAAUGAGGCUAUGGGCUUCAGCACAGUGAAGCCCCCCUUGCUGGAGCAUCCAUCUGCUCCGCAGUACUCCCAGGAAGAAAAGCAGGUUCUUAGUGAAGAGUGGAGAUGCCAUUCUCAGCAUGCAUGGUAAGAAUAUUCUAAGACCUUCCUGAGGAUUCACCAUCCUCAUACACUUCAUUCUCUGACCACCACAGCCCCUAAUAUUCUUGUUGAGAUGUAGUGCUUUCCUUAGCAUAUAUCUACAGUGCGAAACUUAUUACUGCAUUAUGGACCUUGUUGUGUGUGUGUUACACUAACAGAAGCACAUUCUUACAGCAGAGACUGAAAAAAAAAAUGAGGCUUCACUAUCUUCAUGAUAUGUGUAAACUUGUCUUAAAGUAACUCCUUAGAGGUUUCACUUAAGUUACUUUCUCAGAGAUGCAUUUGGAAUUGGUUUCAAUAAAUGAAUUGGCACUUGCUGCCCUGGGACUAUAACCUGGUGUUCCUCUUGAAAACACCAUCAGAGGCCACCUGCGAGAUUUUAGGAGUAACACCACUGUCCUUUUUGAGAACAUACACAAUGCUGAGGUCCAUGAGGUUUAGAACACUUAAAACAGGGACAGUAAAAUUUAAACACGUAAGAUUUUUUUGUUGAGAUUUGCUGUAUAGAAGAAAUUACUGGCCCCAUUCUCAAGUGAUGUAAGUGAUCAGAGAUCAUCUCCAAUCAAAGCUGGUACUCUGGAGUUUUUUACAUGCAAAAGCAUUGGAAGGCAAAUCUUAUCCUUGUAUCCAUGAACUCGAACUUCAAAGAGACUAGAUUCUGGAAUACAGACUCUGGCCUCAAAUGAUUAAAAACUAUACUGCAGAUUAAAGCAUUGGAUCUUAGAUGUGCUUUCCUCAAAGUGCAUUUUCAGACAGAUUUAAAAACAAGUCCCAUGUAAUGACUCCUCAUUGUCUUUGUAAAACUCCUCAGUACUGCCCAGGAAGGAGUGGAACAUGGCUCGUUGGGUGAAGUGUACAAUAGAAACACAACUACAAACCUGAAAACUCAAAGAAGCCUGUUGUUGCUAUGGUCAAAGCUUAUAGAUCACAUUUUCAUGAUAAAAUAAUGGUCAGCACAGAAAAAUGUUUCAGGUAUUAUGGAAUAGCAUCCCUAUCAUAAAAGUAGCAGCUUUUGUGACACUUACCUCUUGAGGCAACCUGGUAUUUUGCUAGAGGCAUGUUCUUGCCAUCACAGAAGAAAGGCUUCUUUAAAAACACACUGUCCAUCUGGAGGAGAGGCUGUCCUGUUUAAUUCAGUAAUGCACAGGCAGAGCCCCUGCUUACUUCAGUGGGCAUUUUCUUUCAUGUAGCACCUAUGAGCUCAGUCCUGACAAACUCUUUUCACAGGAUGUCCACAGUGUUAGAAGAAUGGAAUCUCUGUUACAUUACAUCUGCCAUUGAACAGUCAUGUAGGAAGCAUCCUUCUAAUGUCAUUUCUGAAUCAGGAGCCUGUGAGAGCAGCUGGCAGCAGUGGCCUGGGGCCUGCUGUUGGGUGGACAUGGCUGCAGUUGCUUGGAAAUAAAGGCAGGGAAUCAGGGAGUACAGCUGCUAUUUCUGUUGCCUGCUGCCUGCUUGUCCUUUCUCACCUCUUCAGAUACAAGAUAAAAAUUUUAAUGACUUCCUAAGUACAGUUAAAAGCAUGAAAAUAUUUACAGUGCAUGGCAAAAGGGUAUCUUUGAAUCUGUGCUUUUGGAUCAGAAGAAAGAAUUUCUGUGGCCUUGAUUUUUGUAAUGAAGACAAGGUAGUACAAACUCCCCCGUUCCUAACAUACCCAUACACCCUCAAGCACACUUUGUUUUCAGCAAGAAAACAUGGCAAGAGCAUUGCUUCCUCAACUGUACCAAGAUUACAGGCAUAAUUAUUGCAAGGUGCUUUAUAGUGUGAAUAUGUGCCCCAUACAUAAAUUGUUUAACAUUUAAUUGAUCUGACAUCAGGUGGGGGUGGAUGGGUUUAUUCAUAUUUUGGUCUUUUCCCUGGUCCUUCCUAUUUAGUAACAGUAAAAAAGUUUUCUUCAAAAAGACUGUACAGAGUGACAGACUAAACCAUAUUGCAAGACCUGAUGACACUGACAUGUCUGAGCACUGAUGGUUUAUGUGAGCAUUUUCAUUCUAUUGUACAUACUUUUGAAAUAUUCUAUUUAGUCAUAUUUUAUAGGACUACUGCAAAGCUAUUGGCUAAUUAAUCACUUUUACACUUGUGUAAGAGCUUAGUUUAAAUGAAUAAAUAUGGCAAACAAUAUUUUUGUGUUCUGCUUGCGUUGGCAUUUUGAAAAGCAUCAUUUAAAAGACUUAAAGUAUUAAUAACUGACUAGUGUGGUACAUACCACUGCUCUCCUAACUGGUAGAACUGAAAAUGCUUAAAUGUGUGAUCUAGGCCAAACUCUGCUUCAGUAGCAAUUAGGGGGGAAGCAGCCCUCUCGCUGGCAGGAUAUGCCAUGUUCUGUUUCUGUGCAGUUUCACAGAGUGAUGUGAGCUUGCACUGGUUUGCUGUGGAUUUGGCUUGGUGUAUGCAAAAAAAAACAACAGAACACAACCUCUGCUGGGCAAAAGCACACCCCUGGCAGCUGAUGUGGUUCUUACUGUGCUGUUAUAGUAACUGGUAAAUGUGGUGGGCACGAGUGCCUGAGUGAGGAACAUGGAUGGCAACCAGCUCCCAUCCAGGCUGGGGAAAAAGUUCUGUUAACAUUAAGUAUUACAAAAAUUGAAAGUAAUUGUUUGUAGUCUCUUGUGUCAAUUUGUAUUGGACCUUGCAGUGGAUUGCAAACAAGGAGAUGAAUUUGCUGGUUAACUGUGUUGUGAAAUACUUGUAUUUCAUCACUGGGAUAUGCAUUUUGGAAAAUGAUUGUUUUUGUCUGGGUGGCUGGCAUAAAAGACAUUGUUUGUUUCUCAAAGGAUGAUUGUUCAUGAUUCUGAAAGUUAGAUCUGCUUAUAAGUCUUGCUAGAAAUGUAAGCUCUGAGCUCCCUGCUUCCUUUUGAAGAGACAGACCUUAGCCUCUGUAUUUUGAUUAAAAAAAAAACAAUAGUUGUCUUCUCACAGUGUUCUUCAGAAGCAAAAUGUACUAUAGGAGGCCCAAUUUAUUUUUCACUUUUGAGCAACAAAUGAGCUUUCUAACUACAGUAAGGCUGUUCCCCUGCUCCCUGAAAUGCUGCAUUGCUUGCAUGCCAGUUGUGGCUCUUCCCUCUUGCUUGGCACUGGACUGUGCACUUGGAAGUGAGCUUCAGUGCCUCAGUAGGUUGUUGUGGACAUCCUGACUACAGUUACAGUGCUUUCAGAUCGCAUCCUCUAAAGAACCCUUACUAAGUUUAUUUCUGUUUCUUCUUUAGUGGUAAACAUUUUACCACUCAACAUUGAGCCAUUUAAGACUUGAUCUCAUGUACCAAUAUGAAUUUAAGACCUUUGCCUUUCCUUAAUUCCCCUCUCUCUAAAAAAUACUACUUCUGUUUUACCAAAAAGUAAAACCAGGUAUGGAUUAAAGCCCCAGUCAGCCCCUCAUUUAUUCUCAUCCUCAUGCAAUGCUCUCAAAGAACUAGGUAUGCUACCCUAAAAAAAACACCCCAAAACAGAACACUGCUUUUCCUGGUUUAGCACAUCAUCUGGGGGGAGCACAGCAGCUUUCACAUAUUCCAGGCUUCUCUUAAAAGAUUUUCUUCCUAACGUAAGCUAUGCUCUUUUUAAAAAAAAAAUACAAGUAGACUGCAGCAUUCAGGGUUAAAAUUACAAGGGAGGAAGCAUUGUAAAAGCUCUUUCCCACACGUCUAUUUGAAGUGUUGAGUAUAUUUGUUUUGGCUUGCAGGGAAGUUUGCACUGAGGUAGAACAGCAGCAGCACUCCCAAAGGAAGGGCAAGAACCCUGAAUGCCUCCACUGCAGAGGUGCUCAGAAAAUAUUAAAAAAUGGCCUUGAUUUGCCUCUCCCCUUUGUCAGUUUGUUCAGUCACUACACAGAGAUUCUGGGGCUACGCUAAGAGUCAUCUUAAUAGGGGAUUGUGUACCAAUGCAGUAGCUACAAAGCUUAGAAUCAGGGACACUUGUCAGUGAGAUUCUUGCUGGAGUAAGGCUGGGAAGGCUGUGAAGUGUGAGCAGCCUCAAAGUUAAUGAAAAACAAAGAUGUUUACAACCUUAAAGAUAGACUUCAGGAUAUAAAUUCAUGAAACUUGGUUUUACAAAUAAGAAUUUAUUAAGAUGGGCCCAUCUGCUGUCCCUGAGCUGGAGCUUCCUCACUCACCAGAGCAUCCAGCAAAAAGGAUUAAACUUCUCUACUCUACACCAUAAAAUCAGCCUUGUUUUAACAAAUUGUUGUAAUUGAUCAUUUAACUAGUACAAGAAAGUUGUGUCUACAUUAGUGCCACACAGGUGUGUUCUCUUCACUAUCUGGUUAAUGAAGGUAAAUGUUUUGAAUCCAUUUUACAGCAAAGUUCUUGUUCAGAAACUUCUGAAAGAAAUGCCAUCUGUAAUGACUGUUGGAUCCUUAAGUGUCAGUUUGGCAAGUUGUCCUGCUGUGGGUAGCUGCAGAAAUAUUUCAUGUAUGUUGUUGUAGAUUUAAAAACAUUACUCAUAUUUUCGUUCAAGUGUCUGCAUUUCUGACACAGAUGUGACAUAUCUGUAUAUAUUAUAAAUCAAUACUAUUUUUAACCACAUAUUUUGUACAAAUAUUCACAUUAGCUCUGUACUUCAAUGAAAAUCUAUUAUGGUAUUAAACAUUUUGGUGGAAUUAACAAA